AUGGCCUAUGCGACAGCUUACUCCAUUGCGCCUAGCAUUGAUUUCGCGACUCCCGAGGAUCAGGAUCAGGCCCUCAAAAACAUGGAUGGGCCUAUCCAGUUUAUCACCGGAGUGUUGCCCACCGGGCACUGGCAUCCAGAUCGGCCGGGUGGUGGGCCCUUUAGCCCGGUUUUCCCAGAUGUGACGCCAGUGGGUCAGACCUCUGCGUCCUGGCCCAACCUGGGGCAAGUAGCGAGCCACCAGCUUGCCGGCUGGGAGUGGUUCCUGAUCGUUUUCGGCUUGGUCGUCCUGGUGGGGGGCCUGCUGGUCUUGCUCUACAACUACGUCUUCGGGGCCAAGAGCUACGAGUACGAGAGGGACGAAGGCUCGGAUGAAGAUCCCGAGUGA